CACCUAUGGAGGAUGCUUUCCGCCCCGGGGGCCUCCUCUUCCUGCGCUCCUAUUGGCCCCCGGUGAGCCACUGCCGUGGUGACGUCAGGCCCCGCCGCCCCUGCAGCGCUGAAUGGACCUAGCAGCCUGUCUGAUUCACUCCAAAACAGCUCAGCACGGCACGGACAUCAUCCCGGGAAUAGAGACCGUACAGGGAUAGAGGCUUGGCGGGACAGCGAGGAGAGCUCAGCCUGCAGAGAGGAGAGAGGCCUCAACAUCAGCAUCAUCAUAUACUUUUUUUCUCCAAAAGACAGGACGGGGAGUGCGCCCACCGUGUUGCGGGUGUAUGUGCGUGCGUUUGUCUCCCGGUUUGGAUCACGAUGAUGCAAAGUGCGGCGGUCCUACCGACAGAGAGUCCUGUAAAGAGUUUACCGGAGAUUCUCGGAGUGCCACUGCAACAGAUCCCUCAGUGUGCCGGCUGUAGUCAACACAUCCUGGACAAGUUCAUCCUGAAGGUGCUGGACAGACACUGGCACUCCAAGUGCCUCAAGUGUGCCGACUGUCAGACUCCGCUGGCGGAAAAAUGUUUCUCCCGGGCAGGGAGCGUCUACUGCAAGGACGAUUUCUUCAAGCGUUUUGGAACAAAAUGUGCAUCAUGCCAACAGGGGAUCCCUCCGACGCAGGUUGUGCGGAAGGCACAGGACUUUGUGUAUCACCUGCACUGCUUUGCCUGCAUCAUGUGCAGCCGACAACUGGCCACCGGGGACGAGUUUUACCUAAUGGAGGAUGGAAGGCUUGUGUGCAAGGUGGAUUAUGAGACUGCAAAACAAAACGAUGAUUCAGAGGCGGGGACCAAGCGACCGAGGACCACCAUCACGGCCAAGCAGCUAGAGACCCUCAAAAGUGCCUACAAAAACUCGCCGAAGCCGGCACGCCACGUCAGAGAGCAGCUGUCCUCGGAGACGGGGCUGGAUAUGAGAGUAGUUCAGGUGUGGUUCCAGAACCGGCGAGCAAAGGAAAAGCGUCUGAAGAAAGAUGCAGGUCGACAUCGCUGGACUCAGUUUUAUAAAAGUGUCAAACGCAGCCGAGGAGGAACUAAAGUGGAGAAGGAAAGCUCGGCCGACGACGCAGGACUUAGUGACAGUGAACUGAGCUUCAGAGACGACCAGGUACUGUCAGAUCUCGGCCACACCAACGGGCUUUACGGGAGUGUCGGUGACGUGACCAACAGCGCGGUGCUGAACGGCGGCUUCUCUGUCGACGUGGCGGGACAACCCUACCACGACAUCCGAGCAGGAAGCCCCUAUGGUCUUCCUCAGUCGCCCUCUUCCAUCACCUCUCUGCCCGGCCACACCCCACUCCUCAACAACUUGGGCUUCAGCAUGGACAGUCUGGUGGUGCAGGGCGGGCCGGGCGGCGUGGGACAGGCUCUGAGGGCCAUGGCAGGGGGCCCAACCUCAGACCUAUCCACAGGCAGCAGUACAGGAUACCCUGACUUCCCCACCAGCCCCGCCUCAUGGCUGGACGAGAUGGACCAUUCCCAGUUUUGAAUCUAGAACACGGCGCUGUGGGGGUACGACGAAAAAGACUUUCACAAGGCUUUUUACAUUUCUUUCUAUCACCCUCCAAGACUGGUAUGUUUUGUGGAUUUGGGUGAAGAGGAGAAGGAAGAGAGAAGAAGUGUGACUCUCAGUCCCUCAGCAGUCGUAAUGGUGAGGUAACAACCGGGUCGAGAUGUGUAGUCCGAACAAAGUGUGACGAACACCUCCACACCACUGAAUGUUCAAUCUCAACACUGUAUCAUACAAUUUUUGGUAUCACCUGACUUUAUUUUGUUCUUACACUCCGAGACUGAGACUGAAUGUCGGUGGAUUAAUGCUCACAGGGAAGGUAAUAUUGUCCCCCAAAAUAAACCAUCCCUGUGUAACAGCUACAACAUUAGGGCUACAUUCUAGAUCAAAGUCCCUAUGAGACCCAGGAGGCACCUGCAUGCUUCUGAUUCAUAAUGAGUAGGACUGCUGUCGGGCCAUAUCAAAGCCUGUUACAUUGGCAAUGCACUUUACUCUCCUCUUCUUUUUCUACACAUAUGGACAGGAAUGCAGAAAGAGGAAGAGAGAGAAAGAGGAGAGACAUAUGCACAAGGCAAAAACACAGUGUUUCAUUGGGAGAGAAAUUUACAAGAACAGUGGCACAAGUGUGAAUUUUGAACCAUGCUGAUGUUUUUUAAUGUAUUGCUGAAGCUUACAAGUUAUUAGGAAGUAGAUGGCGGUUGGUCUGUCUGCCCGUCCGUCUGUCCGUAGAAACUGACAUCUCCUCUGUUUGAAUGAGGGCGAACACUGUUUACUACACAGCAGGCCUCUCUUCUAUAUUUAUAGGUGCUUGACUUGUUCUUGUCUGUGUAAAAGCUGUCUGAGAGCGGACGUCUGUCAGUAUUAAAUUAUCUGUUUCCAGACUCACCAGGCAUCAAAGCUUAUGUGUUGGAGGACAGUCAAGAAAACUAGGCUUUUGGAGAGAUUCAACUCUUAACCAUUCUAGUAAUAUAUCACACAUCUAAAUUAUUAAUUCAUUUCUUUGAAUGCACAGAUGUAAGACGAGUAGAUAUCCAUUCAUAAGACAGAUUCUUUUGCAGAUGUUUGUGACCAAAUUAGAUGGUUAGGCAAAUACAAAACAUUCAAAACACCAACAAGUAUUAGCAGGAACACAGAUAAAAAGUCCCUUUGUGUUGGCUCUUCUGUUUCCUCAGUCUGAUCCAGGCUUCUCUUCGGUAAUCUACUCAGCCCAGCAGAGCUCUAGCUUUGCCUGCUAUCAACCUACUUACUGACCCCAGAUGUGUUGUCAAUCUGUUCUCCCUCUGCCUGGCCUCCAUGUCAUAGGGAUUACCACAGAGCCCCCCACGAUCAGGGCUGAUACCCUACUGUCGCUUCAGUGCUGGCAUGACCGCUAGGCUGAUAUGUUUAUUACUGUACAGUUCAGGCCACAUCAGCUAAAGCCCUAACCCCCCCACAACAAAUGAGAUAGAAGACUGAUUCUGAUUCCCUUAAAAUUCAAACUUUCUUCUAAAAGUUUGAUUUGACCUGUUGAGCAUGUCAAAAUGAAGUUUUAAUCUGGGGGAAGGUUUGCUUAAAAACACAUCCCUACUCCUAUUUCUGUUUUGUCAAUUGAAGAAAAGAAAUCAAUUCCUAUCUGUGUGGUCACCUUUUCGUGAAAAAAUGCCAAGUUCUUUUUUUACUAGAGCAUCCUGUUUAAGAGCCAGAAAGCAAAUCAACAAACCGAAAGUGACACCAUUAAGUAAAUCGGGUAACACUUUGGAUUACAGCCCACAAAUUUCAGCGUAAUUAUCUAGUAAAUACAUGGUAUUAAUGUUAUGCUUACCAUAUUGGCUAUACCGGCAUUAAAAUAUAAGUACAGGGGUUGAUGACAAUAGCUUAGGGAAUAUUUCAAUGACAUUAGUUGUGGUAUAAUUGAUUUUAAAAGUAUGAUAAACUUCAAUAGAUAACAGGAAAAUAAAUACAUUUCUAAUUUGUUACCCAUUACUCCCAGUAUUCUCCACCAGUAGAUAUCCACUAGGUGUUUCAUUUGUACUUCAUAUGUACAAACUAUUUUCAGUGUAAUUUGCGGGCUACAAUCUAAAGUGUGUAGUUAAAACCAUACACAAACGCAUUACUGCUACAGUUUUGUCUAUUCUGUGUUGCCUCAGAAGUUUGCAUCUUAAUUGUUGUAAAUUUUGUACAGUUUGAAAACGUGUUGAUCGUCUUGUUUCAUGAACGCUAUUUAUUAUUGCCAUGUGUCUUUGAAAAAGAUGUAAAAGAGAGCACUGAAUUUAUUCAUUUAUGCCUUCUGUGUAAUGGUAUGAACCGUGUACAGUCAAAUCUAUACGACGAAAAUAAAGCUGAAUUGUCUUUGGGUUA